GGCGGCGGGGCUGUUGGGAGAGUGUGAGAAGAGGAAGGGGAAGCCGGAAGGGGUUCAAGUGGAGCUUGGGGGACGAAAGACAGCUUCGAGAAGGCCGGGGGCUGCGCGCGCACCCGUCUCUCGCUCAGCCGGCUGGGCCUCUGCUGUCGCGGCCAGGUGACAGCUGGGCCGGGCCUCCGCGUGCCGCCGCCCCUCCCUCCCGGCCGGGCGGGUGCCGCUGCGGGAUUCGAUGCCAGUCGGGCACGUCCGGGGCAGUUUUUGACUCCCUGGCCCGGAUUGCGACAGUCUCUCCGUGCCCCAUCGCUGCUCCGGUCCCAGGAUGCAGAAUGUGAUCAACACGGUGAAGGGAAAGGCUCUGGAAGUGGCCGAGUACCUGACCCCGGUCCUCAAGGAAUCAAAAUUUAAGGAAACAGGUGUAAUCACCCCAGAAGAGUUUGUGGCAGCUGGAGAUCACUUAGUCCACCACUGUCCAACAUGGCAAUGGGCUACAGGGGAAGAAUUGAAAGUGAAGGCAUAUCUACCAACAGGGAAACAGUUUUUGGUAACCAAAAAUGUUCCAUGCUACAAGCGGUGUAAACAGAUGGAGUAUUCGGAUGAAUUGGAGGCUAUCAUUGAAGAAGAUGAUGGUGAUGGGGGCUGGGUAGACACGUACCAUAACACAGGUAUUACAGGAAUUACUGAAGCAGUUAAGGAGAUUACACUGGAAAGCAAGGACAGUAUAAAACUCCAAGACUGCUCAGUGCUGUGCGAUGAAGAGGAGGAGGAAGAGGAAGGGGAAGCUGCAGACAUGGAAGAAUAUGAAGAGAGUGGAUUGUUGGAAACAGAUGAGGCUACCCUAGACACCAGAAGAAUAGUGGAAGCUUGUAAAGCUAAAGCUGAUGCUGGGGGUGAAGACGCCAUUCUGCAAACAAGAACCUAUGACCUGUACAUCACUUACGACAAGUACUACCAGACGCCACGGCUCUGGCUGUUUGGCUAUGAUGAGCAACGGCAGCCUUUAACAGUUGAGCACAUGUAUGAAGACAUCAGUCAAGAUCAUGUGAAGAAAACAGUGACCAUUGAAAACCAUCCUCACCUCCCACCACCUCCUAUGUGUUCAGUUCACCCCUGCAGGCAUGCUGAAGUGAUGAAGAAAAUUAUUGAGACCGUUGCAGAAGGCGGGGGAGAGCUUGGUGUUCAUAUGUAUCUUUUAAUUUUUUUGAAAUUUGUUCAAGCUGUCAUUCCAACAAUAGAAUAUGACUACACAAGACACUUCACAAUGUAGUGGAGAGGAUAUAGAGUCUAUCCUAAUUACUGCUUCUGAUUUUUAAAGAAUUAAUACAUAGAUGUGACCAUUGACCAUAUUUACCAAUAAGAAUAAUUUCUCUAAUAAUGGGACUGAUAUGUUUAUGCAUUAAAUAAAAACUUUCUGCUACCAGCCUUAUUUGUUUAAUAAAAUGUGUGUGAAGAAA